CUGUCACGUCUUAUAUCUGAAAAAAAGAAGUUAAAAGACUUACUUUGCUUUAGAGCACUAUGCCGAAAAACACAUGAGAAGCUCGCAUGGUCCCAUAUCUUGGCUGAGAGUUCUGACUUCACAACCACUAAAAAGAGGGGCUUUUUCUAUCCAUACGAAGGAACACUAUACCGAAAAACACAUGAGAGCUCGCAUGGUCCCAAAUUUUGGCUGAGAGUUCUGACUUCACAACCACUAAAAGAGGGGCUUUUUCCCUUACGAAGGGUCAAUCCGCCCCGUACAGAGAAGGACUUCUACCGCAAUUACGAUCCAUGGGUUGGUAUAGGUACCGCUGUUGCACUGAUUCUGUUCUUCUUCGUCAUCACUGUGAAAUCAUGUGUACGACAUAUGAUACGAAAAUGGCGAAUGCACCAAUUCUACAAAAAUACACCAUCCGGCGACACACAACCAGAUGAUGUGCGACCGAUCGUCGAAACAGCUUAAGG